CGUCACAUUGAAUAAAUUGUCAAUUGAGUAAAAGCAUGUUUUAACAGAUGGAACCUAAGCAAAUCAAUACUUUAUGUGCACAAGCAUGUUUUUUAAAGUGAACUUUUUAAAUAAUGUGUGAACUCAACCUUAUAGACCAACUAAGGAGAAAUGAUAAAGUCAGCAAGUUAAAAGUAAUAAAAGACAGCAGGGACAUACAAUUUUAACUUUAUGUUAUGUAAAAGAGCUUAUUGAGAGGCGACAUAAAAAUGGGCUCAACUGGAAGUCCUGUUGUUACUGAAAGUAUCGAACUGCAAGAAUCAGAGCCUGGAAACAGCAGCGGACCUCAUGGCAUAAGCCAAGUUGUCAAGAAAGACAGGACAGUUUUCGAUUUACUCUGCAUAGCUGCAGAUUUACUCUUCAUACCUGCAGUAUUAGUCAGCUUCUUCAGCAACAUUGUAAUGUUGAUUGAUCUAUACACCAUAGAGAAAGGACUUGUUUACGGUCCUCCAUCCAGUGCCAAGAAGAUAGCACUUACAGUUUUUAUUGCCAUUUCCUUCUUAAAUGGUGUAACACAAUUAUGUAUACAUUCGGUUAACAUUUGGUUCAAGCACUCUAAGAAAAAGGAUUUAGAAAUUAUUCCUGAAGGGUAUGAUUUAUUUGCAGCAUUUUCAAGCGAAAUUCCCAUUCUGAUAGUAACAAUUGUAAUAACAGGCUGUAGAGAGGAAGAACUGAGUGUUUCUCAAAUAAUAAAGGCAAUAGUUACAUUAUGUAUGUAUGCUCUUAUAUGCUGUCAGGAAUGCUGUGGGGACAAGCUGAAAAAAUGCUGUGCGGACAAGCUGAAGAAAGCCUGUGGUGAAUAUGACCAAGAACAGGCAAACAAAGAAGAUAAUCAAGGUACAAAGAGGUUCAGAUACUACAUAAGCAUAUUCACCUGUAUUGGAGGUGUUAUUGUUCUGAUUUGCUUCAUAGUUGUUUCCGUUUUUGUUUUUUCUACACGGAAUACAGAUGGCAAGAUCCUUAUAGAAUCAACAAAAUAUGAUGAGAAAAUAUUGUACAGGGAUGCCAAGUAUUUCAAUAAUGUGAGCAUCUACUUCAGUCACAGUGAUCUGGAUUAUUUCAAUUCUGAUGAUAUUCACUUCAGUCACAGAAAUCUGCUUCCUUUAAUAUCCCUUAACAGUUUGAGAAAACGCAACAAAACACAAGUUGUCCGAGUUGCUAUUGAAAAGGUUGUUAACAAAUCCAGACUGCAACUAGAUGAUGGAAGAAAGCAUGAAUGCUUCAUUAUUAAUCAUCAGCCAGAUGGAAGAAGUGUUCGUAAAGAACAGUGCUCAGAGAAUUUUAUUGUAAAUUUACACAAAGAAUUCAUAUUCCAAAUAAAAUAUGUUAUCUCCAAAGACAGAUUACUUCUGAAACCUAAACAAGUCUUUGGCGAUAUACAUUACAACAUGAAAGUGAAAACACGAACAGAAUGCACACAACCAGACUUUAGAGUAAGUGACAAUCUAAAAGAUAGGUCUUCUGACUCGACCACGGCUGUGUUACAUUAUUUUAGGUCCGCUGAUGGUGUUGACGAGGAUUAUAAUGUAAGGUAUAUCAGAGAAGAACAAAAAACAUUUUAUCAAGCUCAAGACCUGGAAGAUUCCGUUGACAUCUGGAACACAGGAAUUUUACACUGUAAAAGUAGCGGGAAUUUGGCACCUACAUUUGACAAAGAGAUCCUUGUUAACUGUUGACUUGUGCAACUAAACUAUCUAAUCAAGAGCUCCAAAUAAGAUUUCGCAAUAAAUUGGUUAUUACUCAUAUUUCUUUUUUUGCAAUUGGGUAUUCAGGCUUUGGCGUUUGGUUAUUUUUUUACCCAGUGAUUUGAAAACCAAUUGGGUAAAAAGAUGAUUACUUGCUCAUCAAGUGCUUAGAUGAUAAAUAUUAACAGACACUCAAUAUUGUUUAUGAUCUGUACUGCACCAUGCUAACAGUAAAUAUCAUUUCAAAAAACAAUGUUAAACAUAUAGAAACAACUUCAUCAACCAUCAUUUUGUAUGCAUUUUUAUACGCUUUCUGUUAUUUGAAUUGCAUGAUUAAGCAAAUAUGCUGCUGAUGUUUGGAGCUCUAGGAAGGUCAUUCAUAAAAAUUAUUUCUUAACUUAAAUCAUUUCCCUAAAUUUUCUGUAGUCAAAUUAAAAGAAAAGUAAUGUGUUUUAACAUAAAAUUAUAUAUUUCUAAUCAAACAAUGCAAAUAAGAGUAUUUAAGAUAAUUUCUAUUAUUUUAUAUAAUAAGUGAAAUACUUAACUAAGGAAAAUGAUUUAGGUUAGGAAAUGACCUAAGAUGGUUUACGAAUACCAGCCAAGACCUAAUGUGAAACAUCCAGCAGCUUAUGAUUGGAGCUGUGAACUAAUGUGAAACAUCCAGCAGCUUAUGAUUGGAGCUGUGAACUUAUGUGACACAUCAUGCAGCUUAUGAUUGGAGCUGUGAACUAAAGUGACACAUCAUGCAGCUUAUGAUCUGCACUCCGAGCUAAUAUGACACAAUGUUUUAUAAUGCUAGCAUCAUAUGAAAGGGCCGUUGUUGUGACUGAUAUUUCCUUCAUUUCAUUUGGGAUUUAAAUGUCCUUUAUUACUAUAUUUUGUUUCAGAUUCAUACAGUCGAAACCAGUUGGCUCAAUAACGCUUGGCUAGAUUUCUUUGUUGGCUCAAACUUGAUGUUAAGAACCAAUUCACAGUAUUUUGGCAGGUCCCUAGGAUAUCGAGCCAACAGAUUUCAAUUGUAAACCAUAUGGUUUGUGUGCUUUUGAAUAAAAAAAAUCAAAUGAAAUUCUUUUUGAUACAAAAUAGUUUUUAGAAUACCAUUUUAUAGUGUAAUAUUUGUUAGUAUUCAAUCAUAUUUUUUUUUAAAUACAAUGUAUCUUUUAUAGAGGAAGUAAAUUGAUGGUGACUAUGUAGGUUUCCCAUUGUACAUUGUGUGACAAAGACUGAUAUUUUAAUAUCUAAUGAUGAAUUAUUUAGCAUAUAGAGGAUAAUUGUUUGUUUCUAUUUGCAGUUAAUGACACAUUUCACAUAAUUAUUUUUAUUUCCCUUUUCUGCAGAAAAAAUCAAUUCAAUUCCAUUUUGAAAUUAUUUUAGAAAAUUCAGCACAUUUAAAAUACCAACUAUAGCUGUGUCAUGUGAUUUCUAUUAAGUUCAAAACUUGUGAAAGUGAAGAAUUAUUCAAUCAUGUUUGCGACAUAAAACAUUGUUAUUUA